CUCACUUCGAGCUUCUCAAAGAUUUUCCAGUGAGCGACUGGCGGACAGUAAAGAUGGCGACGGGGCUCACGGUGUGUACGAGUUCCCGGAGAAGAUGACGACAACAAGAUUUGUAACUUUCGAGCCGCGGCGUUGACAGUGCUCCCUUUAAAGUCCUUGCGACAGAGGCUCGCGGACUUGCUGACUUUGACGGUAGUUAAACAAACCUAACGGACACAACCGGCGUGCGGACAUAUCGUUGCUUUUGCCAUGGAGGAUAUAAACUCAAACAUAAACACGGACUUGGAGGUGCAUAAGCUUCAAGUUUUAGUGAAGAAACUCGAGCAGCAGAACGAGCAGCUCCGGAGCCGUCCCAGUCAGUUCUCUUCCUUCUCUUCCGGUGGACUGUCGGGGAACACUAGACCCGUGAGCGCCGAGUAUGAUUCUCCAGGAGCGACGGCGGGGCUCGUAGGGUUCACCGGGGUGGGGUCCGGCGGAUCGAGGGGUUUCGGCGGGGUUUUGGAAAUCCCCCGGCUGAGACCGUCGUAUCCCGUCAGUAGUUAUGGAGGGGGUUAUGACAGUGACAGCGCUUCUUGUGUCGCUUCGAACACGAGUCUCGCGUCUUAUUACGAUUCGACGGAUUUUAUCGAAGACGGAGAAACUUCGGUGCUGGACGAGGUGGAGAUUCUCGAUUUGGAGGACAUAGAUGGCCUGAACGAAGAGGAAGACAGCUGGUUGUAUGAGACAAAAUUGAACAGUCCUCUGCAGAAAGCCUUGAGUCCCAUUGUGUGGUGCAGACAGGUUCUGGAUAACCCCAGUCCUGAUGUGGAGUCUGCCAAACGCUCUCUCUUACACAGACUCGACCUCACCAUGUCAGCAAACAAGCGGAGGAGUCUAUAUAACAGUUCCUACAGUCCUCAAAUGGGCUACGGAAGCCCGUACAGCACAAACAUGGCCAACAGUCCCUACAGCAGUGGCUUCAACUCCCCGUCCUCCACUCCAUCUAGAGUGCCUAUCGUCAAGCAGCUCGUUCUGCCUAGCAGUGCAGGUCACCAGCGUGGAUCAGCUGACAGAAACGCACAGGCAGUGAGCCCACAGUCAUCAGUAGACAGUGAGUUGAGCACAUCAGAGAUGGACGAAGACUCUGUCGGUUCAUCGACCACAUAUAAACUCAACGAUGUCACAGACGUGCAGAUACUCGCCCGAAUGCAAGAGGAGAGUUUAAGGCAAGAAUAUGCUGCAACAGCAUCACGUCGUAGCUCUGGUUCAUCAUGUCAGUCGUUGCGACGAGGAACUCUGAGUGACCAGGAGCUGGAUGCACAGAGCCUGGAAGAUGAUGAGGAGGCUGUCCACCAUUCCUACCACACACCUGUCAACCGUUUUAGCCCCUCCCCUCGGCCCUCACCUCGAGUCUCCCCCAGGAGCUCGCCUCGAUCCCGCUCACCCACCCGGUCUUUAGAUUACAGCCGCGGAUCUCCCCAACCAAUCAUCAGCCGCCUUCAGCAGCCCCGCCACUCUCUGCAAGGCCACGAUACGCAGACCAACGCCAUUAAGAAUGAAGAAAAGCUGAGACGGAGUCUACCUAACCUCACACGAUCCAGCUCUGGACCAACUGUAGAGCCAGUUAAAAGCAGCAGGAGUUGUGAGUCAAACUUGCAAGUGCCAAAUGGAGGAUCACCCAGACACCAGAGUCAGUCUGCCACGUCACACCAAAGACUCUCCGCACCUACUCGCUCCUCCCCAAAACCAAAAGAGAGACUCCAGAGCCCUACGUCUCUACGAGUCCCUCUCUCGUGUUGCUUUGGAGAGGAAACCGAUUUCAUGCCCUCCUCCAGUAAGUUGCGGACUCCCGCUGCCCCAUCUCCCUUGGCUCUCCGUCAGCCCAUUAAGGUUAUGUCUAACCAUGGUUCAGGCACAGCCACACCCACACGCUCUAUGGCCCCGCCCCGCAGUGGCCUGCCACGCACUGCCGCCAAUGCUGGAGGAGGUUUACCAGUGCCUCGCAGCAAACUGGUCCAGCCUGUGCGCAGGUCUCUUCCAGCUCCAAGGACAUACAGCGGAAUCAGAGACGAGAGCUGGAGAGAGGGCUGCUACUGAGCGCACCCAGAACCAGCAGCACAAAUGGGCUUUCAGUUCAAACUGGCACUUUAUAGAGACACGUCUUUAACCCCCACAAAUAAAAAGACAUUCUUCCAAACAAA